CACUGUUAAACAACUAGGAAACAUGGCGCUUCUGCUUGACACGCUACAAAGAUUGGCCUACCCCGGCCUCUUCUACGCUCGCCAGCUGCAGUCAUCAGGCACAAGGCACGCAAGUCAGAAGAAAUGAUAACAACAAUUAUUCCAAAGAUGACCAAGAUGGUGACGACAGAAUCCGGAGCUAGCUAGCGGCCAAGGGGCCACAAGGACAAGAAAAGGCUGCUCUAGUCACAGUCACAAGCCGCGUAGCCUCGAACUUCCAGACCAGAGCGCGCGCAACGACUUCGCAUACGGGAAUCAACGUUCCGACACCAGCCAAUAGAAAUUCCGCGCGACACUUUUGAACUGAUCGCACCGCCUAGAAUGUCCGGCGACGCUUCUCAAGCGAACGUGCGUGUUGUUGUCCGCGUCCGUCCAGAAAACGAGUUGGAACGGCAAAUCGACUCGUUGCAUGGUCCCGCCAUCCGCGUCCUCGACGACAACUGCCUCAUCUUCGACCCCAUCGACGAAGAAGACAGUUUUAUCCGGGACAACCACCAACCAAUCAAAUCUCGCAAGGCGUCCAAGAAAAGACAGAGAGACGUCAGAUUCGCAUUCGACCGCGUGUUCGAAGGCAACUCGACUCAAGAAGAGGUUUACUUGGACACGACCGGAGGCGUAGUUUGUCGCGUCAUGAGCGGAGUGAAUUGUUGUGUGUUUGCGUACGGAGCGACGGGCGCUGGCAAGACGUACACGAUGCUGGGCAGCAGCGAAGAGCCUGGAGUGACGUUCAGAACUGUUCAGGAGUUGUUUGACCUGAUUGGUUCGAAGCAGGAGGAAAUCAGUUGUGAUGUGAAGGUAAGUUACCUUGAAGUGUACAACGAAACCAUUCAUGAUCUUCUCAAACCGUCAGGAGCAUUAGCUGUUCGAGAAGAUCCUGUCAAAGGCGUUUGCAUCAGGGGUCUCUCGUUUUACAAACCUCAGAGUGCAGCUGAGCUUCUGGAGAUGUUGCGUCGUGGCAACGAGAACAGAACACAACAUCCAACCGAUGCAAAUGCUCAGUCAUCUCGAUCACAUGCUAUGUUUCAGGUGAUUGUUCGACAAAAGCCUUGUACAUCAGGAUUGUCUAUGCAGUUCAAAGUAGCCAAGUUGUCUCUCAUUGAUCUGGCUGGGUCAGAACGUGCUACCAUGACAACAAAUCGUGGAAUGCGUCUAAGAGAGGGUGCCAACAUCAAUCGAUCCCUACUCGCUCUAGGCAACUGCAUCAACGCAUUAGUCGAACAGAAGACUGGAAGUAGAAAAGCUAUUCAUGUGCCAUACAGAGACAGCAAGUUGACGAGAUUGUUGAAGGACUCACUUGGAGGAAACUGCUGCACAGUCAUGGUGGCCAAUGUGAGCCCAUCAAGAAUGUGUUAUGAAGACACAUACAAUACUCUGAAGUAUGCUGAACGUGCAAAGAGUAUUAAGUCAAAAUUGUUUGCUAAUACUGUGAACGUUGAUCUCCACGUUAGUAAAUACCGAAGCAUCAUUGAAGGUCUCCAGGCUGAGAACAAAGAGUUAAGGAUAAAGCUGCAGCAGCAAUUGCAAACGGUUCCUGCAGGUGUACCAUGUGUGGCUGAUAUCAACGAAAAUUCUGCAAUUGACAAAUCAUGUCUUCAAAGGAUUGAAACUGAGCUUUGUCCACUUAAGUCUGUUACUUCUGUUUGUUUGGAUCUCACUGACAUUGAAGCAGCACAAAGAGAUGUGAUUGCAAAGGGACAGAGAAAGGAGAGGAAUAUACAAAGAAUGAAGGCGAUUGGAAAGGAGAAUGCUCAGUGUAUCAACAAGUGGACUGCUGCUUUAUCUGCUGUAAGUGUUUGUCAGUCUGAUCUGUCCAAUCGUCAGAAGAAACUGUUGUCAGACAAGAAACAGUCAGAACAGCAACUGAAGCAGGCAGUUAUAUCCCUGGGUCUUGGACCACUUUCUUGGAACAGCAGCAAGUUUGGUGAUUGUGAUACGGUUGGAAAGUUGAUGGUGAGAAAUCACCAACUGGAGAUGGAGAAGGAGAUACUUAGCAGACAGGUGAAACACUUCAGACAGUUUUGUAAAGUGCAGAACAAGUCAUCACAGAAUGCAGAGAAGCUUAUUCACCAUCUUUGCAAGUACAUUGCACAUGUCACAGACCACUUCAUGUCUGUAAUCGGCACCAUACCCAAACAUCUCAACACUGAAUUCGAAAGCCUCCUUCACUUCAUCGAAGUCAGUGGAAAGGAAUUAGCUUGGGCAGAUGAGUCCAAUAUAUCAAGUUUAGUCAGUGAUCAACCAGCAACAGUCUUACAGGCGAACAAUUCAUUUUCACGUUUCAACACAAAAAUGCCAGCUAUAGCUACCACAAGUGGAAUACUCACACCGUCAGUCAGGAAGACAACAGAAGAACCAAGUAGUCAACUAUAUGACAGAUUUCAAACGAAUGACUUCCAAUCUUCCACAAUGGUAUAUCCUACUCAAGGUACUGUGCCUCCCUCUGAUAUCAGCAAAGAGCCAGAAAAAGUUGAACCUGGAUUAGAAAACAAUAAAGUGGGGCCAGAUGGUAGCACAACGUCUUCCAAAUCGUCAGUAAGCAGAGACGACGAAUGCGCUGUAAUGGAUACACAUUCCAAGAAGAUUCCUGAAGAGAAGUCAGGUGGAGAGGAAGCAAAGCUGACUGACCAAUUUCAGCCUAACCAACUUCAGCCUAAAUUUCCAAGUUCUAGUUCGAAGUCACUCGUUUUGCUGCCUCCUCCUCCUCGUCAUCGAACUCCUCGUCGAUCGCGAAGGAGAGUGACAUUUACUGUUGACAAUCCUAUUAAUAUUGCAGCAAUGUCUCAACAAAAUGCUUCAAAUCAAGAAGGCACUAAUGCUAAUGCUUGGGCUACAAGUACUGAUCCUGCUGCUCUCGAAUCACUUUUCAAGCCACUUGUAUGUCCACCCACUCCAAAGACUUACAGCAAUCGAUCGAAUGUAAGCUCGGCUACUCCAUCUCGUAUUCCAUCGCGUGUCACAAGAUCAACCACUCCAGCUCGUACUCCAUCACGUGUCACCAGUUCAACUACUCCGUCUUGUUUUGAUGUUUUGCGUUCAUGUGGCACUCCAAAGGCGGGUCCUGUCGAGUCAAAGUCGCCAUUUUCUAUCCAACAGCCAGACAGCUUGAGACUUCCUCAACGAAGGGUGGUAAAGAAGAAGGCACAAGACACUGAAAAUGUUCCCACAAAUAGUAGAGGCAGACACAUUGUGAACUCUAGAUCACGUCUAGUUGGAGGAAUGAAAAGACCUAACGACGGAGCUGUUCAUAAUCCAUCAAAGAGAGCCAACAUUGCGGCAAGCAAUCUCGCAAGACGAGGGUUGCAACCACAGUGGCACGUUUGGAAUUAGUGUAGCAGCAUCAGAAUUAGCAACAGGAGUUGUACAUGUACCGAUACAUAUUGUUUUGAAUUUGCUGAUAUAGAAUAUCUGAAUUUCACAUUAUGGCUAAUACUACUGCCACGUUGUGGUUUAAUUACAUAUAGGCAAUUACAAUGAUGAUUUUGCUGCAAUGAAUUGGAACCAUAUUAGCUUUUUUCCAGCUUACUUUUUCUUUUCAUGUUGCUGUAACAUACAUGUACAUGUAUUCUAAUUUAGUGACUGUACAAGAGGU